AUGUUUGGAAAGACACUCCUUAGCGACCUACCUGGACGCUUCAGCACUGCUGUCAUCUCCUCCUUCUUCAAGACGAGACCAUAUAAAGAAUGGUCGAUAGUUGCUUGUCUCCAAUACAUAUUGGAAAGUGCUGUUAUAAAUUUUGAAGAUAGAGAAUCAAUUCUUGACAAUAUGAAAAGAAAGUUUAAAUCAAUCAGCGAUCAACAAAAUAUAUUGAGUCAUGCACGAAACAAAGCUUCCUCCAUCUGUUCUACCUUUGAAAAGACUGCUAAAAGGCAAGAAGCUGAGUUUGAAUCAAGAAAAUUAUUAUAUAAAGAAUCAAUGAAGAUAGAAAAUUUAAACGAUAAAUGGAAAGUUUCCCCAGAAACGAGAUUGACAACAUCUGAUGGCGAAAGAGCAACGAAACGCAUCAAACUGAUAAGUAAUGAUGACGAUAGCUCAUCCAGUGAUGAAUCCGAAAUAGCAACAAAUUCGGGGAAUUUAGAUGUGGAACACGGCAAAGAAAGCGAAGCAAAAACACCGCCUCAUCAACCACGAAAUUAUGAUAUUCCUGUUCAUACUCCUGUUCAUACUCCGAACAAGCGACAAAUGUAUAAUGAGAAGACACCGCCUAUGUGGACCAAAAUUGAGAGCUAUCUUGAAAAUGCUUUGAAGAAGUCGAGAGAAGCUUUCAAGGAGGCUAUUAUGCUAAAGAUUGAGGGGGAUAACGAGAACAAGCUCCGCCUAUAUUGUGAAAAGAUAUUGAUGGAUUU